AGCAGUCUUCUUACACCACUCUUCCAGAACGCCAGUUGCUUUCUUGUAUAAUACCGCGCGCGGUUCAAAAAUUGGUUGAUUCAUUUUUGUGUUUGUUUUUCCCUAUAUAUUUCAUUGUACAUUUUGAGAGUGAUGGUGCCGUGGCUUCGGACAGAUCUCGUCGUCCAGCUUCUUGUCUUUUUAGUUGUGCUCGUGACCCACAGCAGCAGUGAGAGCAAAUCGACAACUGCCGCGCUACUGGGCAAAAUCAAGUGGCGCUCCAUCAUCAAAUGGACACAUCUGUGGAUCAAAACCAAGAGGAGGAUCUCUCAAAAGCAGGACGCCAAUCCCGAAAUUUCCAUGACUUCCGUGGAAAUCAUUUCUAGUCGAGGGUAUCCAGUGGAAGUGCACACGGUAGUUACCGAUGACGGUUAUAUCCUUGAAGUGCAUAGGAUACCGCACGGCAAAGGUCAGUCGACAGACUCGAGCACACCUCUUGGUAAGCCAGUCUUCUUACAACAUGGCUUUUCAACCAGCGACGCUGACUGGCUCAUCAGUCCGUCUGAUCGAUCGCUAGCUUUUCGCCUGGCCGAUUUGGGAUAUGACGUUUGGUUAGGCAACGCGCGUGGGAAUAUCUAUUCACGCAAACAUGCAAAUAUUAGCCCAUCAAGUGAAGCAUAUUGGAAAUUUUCAUGGGAUCAAAUGGGAACGUUCGACAUUCCGUCCGUGGUGAACUACAUUUUGACAAAGACCGGAAGAGCUAAACUAAGCUACAUUGGCCACUCUAUGGGUUGCGCCAUGUUUUUCGUUGCCAUGAUCAAUCGGCCAGAGUUGAACGAUCGAAUCGAAGUCAUGAUGGCACUGGCUCCGGCCACAGCUUUGGCCCAAAUGAAGAGUCCAAUCCGCUACUUUGCGCCAUUCGCCACGCCACUUCAAAUCGUCCUGAGGCUAUUGCGAACGCGGGCUUUUUUGACUCGGGAUGAUUUGAUGCACAGGCUUCAAGCAGCUUUUUGCCGUGAACAGGAUCGACACAAAAGUUUAUUUUGCCGAAACAUGGUUUUCGCUCUGGUCGACGAUGAUUUGCGAAACAUUUCCCCGGAUCUCUGGCCCGUCAUGGAUGGCCACGUACCUGCGGGCACUUCAGUUCGCACGGCAGCGCAAUUUGCCCAAAACUAUAACUCAGGCGAGACUUUCAUACCCUACAGUUACGGUUGGUUGCGAAAUUUGCAGCGCUAUAAUGGGCGGCUCACCCCGCCGCCCUACGAACUAAAUAAAGUGACGUGCCCCGUCUACAUCUUUUACGGUGACAAUGAUCUUUUAGUUGGUCCGGGGGAUGUUGCCUGGCUGGCUGGGAAACUGGGGAACGUGAAAGAAUCGAUUAAAGUGGACCACGAACUGUACAAUCAUUUCGACUUCUUGUGGGCAACGGACAACAAUCGAGUCCUUUACGAUCCAAUCAUAUCCCGUCUGCCAUCGGCAUUGUGAUUGUCAUCUAUUCGAAACGAACUUUGCUGAGCACAUUAUUCUUGUACAUAUAAAGUCUCAUAUUUAUUGAUUACUCCGUGGCGCAUUCUAUUAUGUUGACACAGUCAAUCGACCAUUCAAGAGAUAAAUAUUUUUGAUGCGCAUUAUUAUAGCUAUAUACUUGCCAUAUUUAUAAAAACACUCGAAAUGAUUUAAUAAGAAACACGGACGCCAUACUGUGCGCAUUCUUAUUAUUUCCCGUUAUUUAGCAACUAUAUAUGACACAUUUUAUUUGUCCCUCUCGCAAGGUAUAAACGGCGAACUGUUUCAUCUUUAUG